GCAGCGUUCGGGGGCAUUCAAGAGAGUACACACUGCGCAUGCGCGAGACCAAGGGGGAAAAUGAUCUUGGGUGAUAGGCGCUUAGGCAUUUAGGCAUACGCGAUAUGGCAAUGAAAUAUGAGCUAAUUGAGCUUGUGAGAUGUUACAAUGAGCUACUGAGCUGUGAGCUCUGAUGACCUCUGCCGCGCGGUUUUGGCCAUUGCCCGGCUCCCUUUUUUAUGCUGCUCCACAGGUUUAGGUGACCUCUUGGAAAAACGGUGAUGACUCAGAGCAGAAUGUAGCUAACGACAUCUGGUUUUCACCAGUGGAAAGAAACAAGAUCGGUGUACGUGAUCACUGAUCAAACUAAAAAAUUGCGUGCACGUGCAAAAACCUGUCAUUGCUGACUGCUGACUGCUGAGGGCUCUUCCAUUACUUAAUAGUCAACCCUAUAGUAUUAUGAAUAGCAUCCAUGGUAUGAUACAAUAUACCUACAAUAUACAUCCGUGUAUAAUACCAUGGAUGAUAUAGUAUUAUCUCAUCCAUGAUAAUACCGUAUAGUCCCAAAUAAUAUUUCAACCGGCCGAAGUACAGGUGAAGCGAAUUCAUCUUCUUUCUUUUGACCCACUGGUCACUCACAACCUCUAGCAGCUUUCAGUGGUAAAACAAGAAUGUGACCGCUUCAAUUAAAGCAAUAAUACACCGGCGGAAUAGUCGCCCCAAUCCUCGUAAGUAGUACUACCGAAUUGUACCCGGAACAUGUAAAUGGGUGUAAAAAAGCCAAGCUAACAUCGCCGGAACAUUGCAGGUGUGUGCUAGGCUAGUCCGGUUCGCGCACGCGAUUAGCCCCGUCCGUACCGGUUAGGGCCAGUUCGGUGCGGCCCUCAGUCAGGACACCUUUGCCGCGCUGAAUCGGGCUGGCGCACGGUGGCACCUGACGUAUGAUUAACUGGAUUAAAUUGAAGCGACUUUCUGCCCUGCGUUUACCCUAUUCAAUAUUCGUUGCAGCUGGUCCUUUUAUACUCCACCACGCAUUACCUUUGGUUGUAGAUUCGAAACGGUUUGCGCCAGGAAGUUGUAAUUUAGUGACAUGUCCGACAAGUCUUAGCAGAAUUGGAAUGUCUUUGGUUACUAGACAGUCGUUUGAGUGGAAUUGAACAACUUCGACAGUCAUGGCUAUGCAGGUAUAUUAUGGUAUAUUUAUUUACAUUUUAUGAAAAGCAGGUAACAAUUGCACAAAUGUUGCCUUUCUGAGCUGUCGCAUCAAUUUCAAGAAUGGACUUGCCAAUGAAUUUCUGUGACCGACACCAAGUUCCACCGUGCGUUCCGCUCAGCAAUGACUCAGUGCUGCCGCCUGUUUCCUGUACCUGUCCUGUUUGCCCCCCCCCCCUUUCUACCCCACGUCAAGGGGGGGGGGCGGUCCACCGCCGAUCCCUACAAGGAUUCGCGUGACUUCGGGCCGACGAUGUACGAUACGAUACGACGAACAGCCGCGGUCACCGCGAGGUCGUCUUGGGCAGUGAGCGGACGCUGCUGGACGUCAGUGUCUGACACGAUGGCGCCCAGGCAGCUGCUGAUGCCCCUGCUGCUGGGGCUGCUGCUGCUGAAUGCCUUGACGUCGGCUACGGCACAAGUGCCUCCAGGUGAGCUACACUGCAGUAAGGGCGGAGCGUGGUGUCCAACUGGGGAAACGUGCGGAGGGCCCGUCUGCGGCCCCGGGCCACGCUGCUGCAAUGAGGCCGUUGAUUUUCUGCUCCAGAAACCAAUAACUCCUGAGACGUCGUCUUCGCUGCCUGUCGACGUCCUGAUUCCGCCUUCAGAAGAAACGCCGUCGGAGCCUCCCCUCAACCCUUCAUCCGAGUCUCCAGCUUCCCCUUCUACCACUCCACCAGGAGACGCGGUGAUCGGUAAUCCCCUGGACUCCCAGUCGAGCUCGAGACCCAAUCGUCGCCGGCGACCCGAGUCGUCCCCCGACUCUCGACCCAGCUCCCCCUCCCCCGAUCGUCCGUCGAGACCCUCUCGUCGCCGGAGGCCGGAGUCGGGACCGGAGGUACCCACUGACCCCUCGGAGGGGGGUCAGUCGCGACCCGGCCGCCGCCGGAGGCCCUCUUCAGGACGUCCGGGUCCCUCGGGGUCGUCCGAGCCGGAACAGCAGUCUUCUCGCGGCCGAAGGCGGUGCCGACCGGGCACCAAAUGUCCCGACAACUUCCCGUGUGAGCAGGGCGGCUCGGCCUGCCCCUCGGGUCAGACCUGCGGAGGCGAGUGCGGUCCCAAUACCUGCUGCAGGCGCCGUUCUUCCCAGUGCGGUGAGGGUGGUGAUGUCUGCCCCAGCGGGUUCAACUGCGGCCCGUGUCCUCUGCCGGGAGGAGCCUGCUGCUUCCCCAGCUGUGACCGUCCGGACGCCUACAUAGCCGAGCCGUGCGGAGUGGAGGGCAUCUGUCUGCCCUGCGAGGCUGCCAGUGACCGACUCUGCUGCCGGCGGCAGCCCAACACCUUAGAGGACUGCCGGCGCCACUGUCGCCGUGAGAGGGGCAAGGAGUGCUACCUGUUUGGGUGUCCCAAGGGAGCGGGCUGGUGCUGCCGUAACCCCACCCCGCUGUAGGGAGAGCACGGCCGCUGAUGUCCGUAUGAAGCGCACGAGAUCGGGAGUGAUACAACGUGGCUACGCAUCUACCGCGACUUCAUUCUCCAUCUCCUCUUCCUGACACACCCACACUUCGGGUUGUCCUUGCGCCCAUCGCGACUUUACUUCAUAACUUACAUGAUCUAACUACUUAGUCACCGUUAUCUGACCUUGUAGCCAUCGUUGUAUGACCCCAACCGUGACCCGACACCCGCCAAUCAUGACCUGACCCCCGCCCGCGAGGUGAACUUGAUCAUUCCAUUCCUAUUUUAUUCCAGACGAGUUUCCGCGAAAAGUGGCCGAUCCUCGAGUCCUUUCUCGUCUGGCAUUGCAUUUUCAUUGUUUUUAUCAUGGAAUGUGAUGUAAUACAUGCUGGUCUAAUACAUUUGAAUGAAAACUA